AACUCUUGUGUACUUCUUAGAACAUAAUUGGAGGCACCGGCAAAUUAUUUUAUAUUAUCAUAGGUUGCGCCAGACGAACUCAGGCCCUGUCCCACUGUACUACAACACAAUUACUUUUUGGCCGUCUAAAUUCAUUAGCCACAUGGGACUGGGGUUACAUAAAUGGAGGCACUGCUGGGAUCGUUCAUUGUAUGACCAGUUAAAGUCAAUUAAUUAAAAACGACUCUCACAUACAAUAAUGGCACACUCACUCAAUCCUCAGUUACUGGUUGAGCUACUGAACUGGGUUACAGAUGCAAAAGUAGAUCCAGCUAAUGCUUUGAUACUGAGUAAUGUACCCACAGAGGCAUCUGUAGCUGAUAUAACAGAGUCGCUGGAGGCUGUAAAAGUACUCGGCCGAGUUCGUUAUACCUCUAGAAAAUUAGUCUCCCAGCUACAGCAAGACAUGACACUCUGCAUGUGCCAAAACCCAGUUGACCCUAAAACAGCUCCCCCUGAGAUCUACCCCCUCAGUGGUGGAAACCCAUGGAAAGUGACUCUUCUCACGCAUGCCAUCGCCCCGCCUGAAGAUUUCACAUUGAAGGUGAUGAACCUAUUGCAAAGUGAAGGUAAAUCACUGACUGAUCUCCAGUCAUUAAUCGAGCCAAGCAUACCCGCACAGUCAGACCCAACCUCCAUCAUUCGUGCUGUGGGGGAGUUACUGGAAAAAACAAUGCGGCCUCCACCAGACAACAAUACUUUUCGGAAGUUGCGUGUUUUUUCAGGAGUGAUCCCCACGCCUGCUGGGGAGGAGACCCUGGAAAACUGGAUAGAGCAGGCACAGUUAAUGUUGGAUGAGUGUGAUGGUUCUGUAAGAGAGAAAAAGAAAAGGAUUCUUGAAAGUGUAAAAGGCCCGGCGUUUGAAAUAGUCCAGGCUGUGCGAUACAAUGAUGCAGACGCGCGUCCUGAGGACUAUUUAGCAGCCCUGGAAAAUGCGUUCGGAACCACCAAGUCUGGUGAAGAUUUCUAUUUUGCAUUCCGAUCUAUGCAACAAAAGUCAGGUGAACGGCUUUCAGAUUAUCUGAGGAGAUUAGAGAAGGCUUUGUCCAAAGCAGUCCAGAAGGGAGGCCUUUUUCCCACUUCCCGAGAUCGUGCACGCGUAGAACAAUUAUUAAGAGGUGCCGCAUCAGAGUCAGACAUCUUGUUACUCCAGCUGCGCUUAAAAGAGAGGUUAGGGAACCCUCCUUCUUUCAUGGAGUUGCUUAGUGAGAUUAGAGUAGAAGAGGAUCAGAAAGCUAUAAGACGGAAUCUCACCACUAGCACCCGCACUGUGCGGACCACAGAGGACAGUACAGCCCACACUGCUGAACUAGACAUCCUCAGGAGUCAAGUAAAAGCUUUAGAAGCUAAAGUACAGCAGCUAUCAUCCAAAGAGAGACCCCCAGCGCUACAUGUUGAUCCUGAAGUGCAAUCACUGAAGGAACAAGUGGCCAGCUUGCAACUGUUGAAUCAGUUCAGUGAGCAAUCAGCCAGGGAUGGGACCCCAAUAACACCGGGGAAGUACCCCCAAAAAUUUACACCAAGACUGCCCUUCAAACCUAAGAAAAGCCACAACACUACAGGUGAUCAGAGUGUAUUUUGCUACCGCUGUGGAGAGGAUGGCCACAUCACUAAAAACUGUAGUGGCACUGAAAACCCCUCUAAAGUGAUAACUAAACUAAUCAGAAGCAACCAAAUGCUCAAACAAAACCAAAAGAGUCCCUCAACCAAUCCCUCUGGGAAAACAGGACAUGUUGGUCAACUCAAAAGCAGCUCAAUAGAGCCUAGUGAGCCAGCCACGAUCCCUCAAGGCUUAGUAGGUGAAUCUAGCAUGGGGAAAGUCAUAAUAGAAGGGCAGGCAUGUGACGCUUUGAUGGACGGUGGCUCCAAUGUGUCCAUUGUCUUCGAAGACUAUUAUAACAAGCACUUGUCCCACCUACCACUUCACUCCAUUUCGAGCUUGGAGCUAUGGGGCCUAAGUCAGGUUAGCUACCCCUAUAAAGGCUACAUUGCAGCUGAAAUUCAAUUUCUCGAAGAUGGUGAGCAGUGUGAGCCCAAGGUGGUGCUCAUUUUAGUCUGCCCAGAAAGUAAUGGCCCUGAAAAACUGCCACUCAUUAUUGGCACCAAUGCCCGAGCAUUCAGCCAUGCCUCACGGUCCAGUAAUGUUCAUGUUGACCCCAAGAUAGCCCGAACCAUGCGUAUAGGUACACACCUAUCCCGUAGUGAUCCUCUGGCUGUAGUUAAGUGGAGUGGACCUGGACCCCUUACUGUGCCUUCUGGUAGUGAGUGUUCAGCUAUUUGUAAGGUGUUGUGUAAUGAAGCACUUGAAAAUAGUAUCCUCGUAGUUGAGCCUCCUUCUAAUGGGGCACUUCCAGCUGGAGUGUUAAUGCCCCCCUGCGUCCUUCUCUCCGAUGAGAUGGAUUGCAACAGAUUUUCAGUUCUGUUAAAGAACGAGUCUGCCAAAACAAAAGCCAUCCCCAAGGGUACAGUGAUAGCCUACGUGCACAAAGCAGAAGUUGUCACCCAAGUGCAGCAGGCAGAGACCCCAUCUAGCACACUUGACCCUGCCAUCUUUAAUUUUGGUGACUCUCCCAUCCCAGAGAACUGGAAAACCCGACUGGCACAGAAAUUAGCUCAUCGGCCUGAGGUUUUUUCGCUGUCAGAGUGGGAUGUGGGCUUGGCGAAAGGGGUGGAGCAUUGUAUUAGGUUGAAGGACCCUAGCCCUUUCCGGGAGAGAGUCAGGCGCCUUGCGCCAGCAGAAAUCGAUGAGGUCCGCAAACACCUACAGGAGCUCCUUGCCGCAGGGAUUAUCAAAGAGUCUCGCAGCCCGUACGCCUCUCCCAUAGUGAUCGCUAGGAAGAAGAAUGGUAAAAUAAGAAUGUGCGUCGAUUAUCGCACUCUUAAUUUGAGGACCAUACCUGACCAAUACACCUUACCUCGGAUUGAUGAUGCUUUGGCCAGUCUUACAGGAAGCUGCUGGUUUUCUGUGCUCGAUCUUCGUUCAGGCUACUACCAAAUCGCAAUGUCCGAGGAAGACCGGGAAAAGACAGCGUUCAUCUGCCCGCUGGGGUUUUAUCAGUUUGAGCGGAUGCCCCAAGGCAUCACCGGGGCCCCGGCCACAUUCCAGCGAUUGAUGGAAAAGGCCGUCGGAGACAUGAACCUGCUUCAAUGUCUGGUUUACCUUGACGACCUCAUUGUGUUCGGUCGCACUCUGGAAGAACACGAAGAGCGUCUUCUACGGGUACUUGACCGACUAGCAGAAGUUGGUUUGAAACUUUCCCUGGACAAGUGUCAGUUCUGCCAGCCAGAAGUAAAGUAUGUGGGACACAUUGUGUCCGCGGCCGGUAUUGCAACUGACCCCGACAAAAUCAAGGCUGUAGCCAAUUGGCAGCCUCCCACCGACUUGAAGUCACUGCAGUCAUUUCUGGGGUUCUGUGGCUAUUACCGCAAAUUCAUCAAGAAUUACUCAGCCAUAGUUCGCCCUCUCACUGAUCUAACAAAGGGAUAUCCUCCGGUGAGGAAGGGGAUGAAGCCCGCCAAAUCCAGUGCUAAAGGUCAUUUUCGACCUUCUGAGCCCUUUGGCGAGCGCUGGACACAAGCCUGCACUGAUGCUUUUUGCCAAAUCAUCCAAUGUCUUACCAGUGCUCCAGUGUUGGCUUUUGCAGAUGCAACAAAACCCUACAUCCUACAUGUGGAUGCCAGCCUGGAUGGGCUGGGGGCAGUCCUUAAUCAAGAAUACCCUGAAGGGUUGCGACCUGUGGCAUUUGCUAGCCGCAAGUUAAGCCAAUCCGAGAAAAAUUACCCUGUCCACCAACUUGAAUUUCUGGCAUUGAAGUGGGCCGUAGUGGAUAAGUUCCACAAUUAUCUCUACGGUGCCAGAUUCACGGUGAGAACCGAUAACAACCCACUAACCUAUGUCCUCACCACAGCCAAGUUGAGCGCUACGGGCCAUAGGUGGUUGGCUAGCUUGACCACGUAUGACUUCGACAUUAAGUACAAGCCUGGCAGAGAAAACGUAGAUGCUGAUUGGCUGUCCAGGAAUGCCAUGGAAAGAGACGAUGGAUGGGGACACAUUCCCCCAUCUGGUGUUAAAGCUCUUUGUCGCCAGUUUAGUGUCACUCAACCAGCUGCACGACCCACCCGUCUCGUAGACCAACUUGGAGUUCCCCCAACUGUCAUCCCCCCUGCUUAUGCUUUGUCCACUCAUCUCGGAGUGAGUGCUCUAGAAAUGCUUAGCAGUGAGGAAUUGCGUAGAGCGCAAGAUAGGGACCCUGACAUCAGUGUUGCUAAGCAAGCUGUACAAAGUGGAGUUUGGCCUACCUCGCAAAGCUGCACGGCAGAUGUUGCACUGCUGCAACGAGAACGCAGCAGGCUUCUGAUAAAGUCGGGCCGGUUGUACAGGAAAACCACCAGACCUGUGGGUGGACCGGUUUCCCAACUGGUCCUCCCAAAGGAACAUCGUCUUAAAGUGCUUAAGUCUGUUCAUGAUGAUUCUGGCCAUCUGGGAGUUGACCGCAUCAUUGACAUGGUAAAAGACCGAUUCUAUUGGCCAAAAAUGGCCUCUGACAUUUCCCAGUACAUCAAGGACUGUGGCAGGUGUGUUGCCCGUAAAACGCUUCCACAUAGGGCCGCAUGUUUGAAACAGAUGACUAGCAGUGGUCCACUCGACUUGGUGUGUAUAGACUUUCUGUCUAUAGAGCCUGAUGCAACGGGGAUAACCAACGUUCUUGUGGUGACAGACCACUUUACUCGUUAUGCACAAGCUUUUGUAACAAGGGACCAAAAGGCGACCACUGUUGCCAAGGUGCUGGUCGAGAAAUUUUUUGUGCAUUAUGGCCUGCCCUCCAGAAUCCAUUCGGACCAGGGACGUGAUUUCGAGAGUCGUCUCAUCAAAGAGUUUUUGGGCAUGUUGGGCAUAAAAAAAUCCAGAACAAGUCCGUAUCAUCCCCAAGGUGACCCUCAGCCUGAGCGUUUUAACCGAACGCUCUUGUCUAUGCUCGGUACCCUCCAACCCAGUCAAAAGCAACACUGGAGUCAGUACGUCAGUUCACUAGUCCACGCCUAUAAUUGUACUCGUAAUGAUGCGACGGGUUACUCUCCCUACUACCUAAUGUUCGGGCGUGAGGCUCGUCUGCCCAUUGAUUUGUGUUUCGGAACUUCUCCUGCUGGAGAUGACUCUAGUGACUACUUGCGGUAUGUUGAGAAACUGAAAAGUGACCUGAAAAGGGCAUAUGAGUUGGCAGUAACAGUUGCUAACAAGUCACAUGAUAAGAACAAGCGAUACUAUGACAACAGAGUGAGAAACCAAGUGUUAGAACAGGGGGAUCGUGUGCUCAUACGAGCUCUGGGCAUGCCUGGAAAGCACAAGCUUGGCGACAAAUGGCAUUCUGACCCUUAUGUUAUUAUUGAAAAACUACCUGACUUACCUGUGUACAGAGUGCAGCCCGAGAAGGGUAAAGGUAUAGUCAAGACCUUGCACCGGGACCACCUUUUACCCAUAGGGUAUCUGGUCAGGUUUCCCUCAGAUUUGGGGGAGGAACGACUACCACAGAGACCUGUGACGCGAUUUCAUCCGAAGCAAAAGUCAGCUGAAGAGUCCAACCAGGAACGCCACUUGGAAGACACCGAGGAACACUGGAACUUACCUGCUGACCGAAGGGAGGACAUCUUACUGGCACUUGACCUGCUGGUGGAUCGUUUGAGUGGAGAUGUUCCCCUGGAAAAUGCACUUAUCCAGCAUAACAUUGAUGAAGAAGGCAUUGAUGGAGAUACUGAGGAGGAGGUAGAUGCUGUCCCGGAAGGACAAGACAUAGAGCAAUUUCAGCAAUUGCCGAAAGACACGGUGGUGGACACAGGUCUAGAAGGGGGAGAGCUCCCCUCUGCUAGUCAGUCCCAGGGUACUGCAGAGCCUAUCUGUAACCGUCCUGUCCGGAGACGAGUGAAGCCCAUAGUGCGGUUAAGCUAUGACAGACCUGGCCAUUCCAUCAAUGAACCUAUUGUAGUUGUGCAUAGGGGGUUGAGGAUCACUAUUAAAAGAGACUCCCCAUUGCUACGUUAAAGUUGGAAUACUGUAUCAGGACACAAACAGGUUUAUGACUCUAGUCUGUAGCCUACUUGCCAGACACUGAUAUUGACAUUUACCUGAUGUGAUAGAUGUAAACUUGUGUGAUGAGGACAUCAACAUCCUUUUAGAAAGGGGAGAUUGUAGCCCUCAGGCUAUUCUUGUCAUUCAUUCCUACUCAAAUUAAAAUGUUUGUGUAAUAAACAGUAGUUCAUGAAGUGUAAACAUGUUGGAAAUGUGGAUUAUACAAUGUUAAAAACAGUCAUGUUACAUACAGUUAGAAGUCAGAGUUAAAAGAGGUUUAGUUGUAAAAUGCAUUCAUAUUGGGUUGUUGGCACAAAUGACAUAAGACCACGUUUAUUGUGGGGUAGUGAAGCAUCCCUUUAUUCUCUCAGCUUUGUAUGUGUAUUCUUAACCAAUCCUGUCCGCAGUUUAUUUCGGUAGGAGGGACUUAGCGUCACCUACGUUGACAACACGUUGGUAAUAGCAGAGGCUGUUUUAUAGGUGUCCGAGAAGGACUGCUGUAAGCUGUAAACGCAUUCUGAAAGAAUUCCUAACUUCCCAGACUGACAAAGAGUCGUCCUGUGGUCUAUGUGUGUGAACUCUGUGAAGCUGCCAGAGGACCGGACAUUGGCCAUACGAGGGAGAGAGUAAGGACCGGGAGAGCCCUGGACCGUGGGAAAGGCUAUAGCUGCUGUACUUGACUGUGGUUCGUUGCCACGUGUGGCUGUGCACUUC